AUGGCGGAGAGCAGCAGUUUUAUUUGCGCGUAUUCUUCUUUUUGUGCGCAUCGUCGUCAUCAGCAAAAGCGGCAACACCACGGACGACGACGACUACGACGAAGAAGUUCGGCGGCGUUUUGGAACGACGACGACGAGAAGAACAACAACGACAAAAGCAACGACGACGACGACGACGAAGCAAAGAGAAUAGCCGAGGUCUUGUACGGGAAAGACAAAGACAAAGAAGAACGACGACGAGGACGAAAAGAUGAUGAUUUUGAGUUUGCAGACGACGAAGCGGAGCGACGGUAUUACCAGAGCUUACCGAGAACGUUGGAGAGAGACAGCGGCGGUUUUGGUGGUACGAGUGGUAGGAGUAAAAGGAGCGGCAGCGCGAGGACAAGUUGGGACAUUUCCGACGCGCCGGAAGAUUCAGCCAUCGUCGAAUUAGCGAAGGUGAUUGAACGAAAAUGGGAGGAGGAAGCGUUCGCGUUCGCAGCGGCGACAUCGACGAGGACGAUGCAGACGACCUCGACGACGACGAGAAGCGAUGAGGAGGACGCGGAAGAUAACGACGAUUCCGUCUCUGAAUUUCCAACUGCGCCGGAAUUGAAAUCUGUGCGCGCGUUUCCCGAAGGCAGAGAGGACGGGAACGACGGCAGGAACGGUAAAUCGUGGAUCCGGAUAGAGAACGUGUGCUUGCGAUCGAAACGCACGUUUCGUAAGAUGCACUUGGAGUUGGCGUGGGGGCCGAUGGAUUUUGUCGUCUUGCAUUGCGUGAUUUAUCCGCACGCGAUCGUGGACGCGCCGAUAUUUGCCGGUGAUGUGGUUGGGUUUCGUGGGCGAAUGUCGCUCUCCAUCGUCGAUUUAGCCCCGACAAAGAAGGAGGAACACGACGAAGACGACGAUAUCUUCGACGCGUUCGUCUCGGGAUUAGAGAGUAGAAAGAGAAUAGAGGAAACGUUAGAAAAGAGACCUCUACCGGAAUGGGGCGAGGCUAUUCUAUCUUCGAAAUGCGUCUGCAUCGGUGGCGAUAAAGAUCAAAUCGAAAAUCAAAAGCAAUUUGAACUCUUUCGCGAGUAUUUCCUAGACGUCAUGGACGGAUACCUCUUCCUCGCCUCCACGGCGAGCGACAAAAAUAUUCUCAAAGACACCGUUCGAGCGUAUAAAACGAACCAAAAAGUCGCGCUUGGAAACCACCCAAAAGACGACGACGUAAACGACGACGACGACGAGGACGACCACCCGUCUUUCGCUCUCCCAGACGCCCUCCUCCGCUUAAAAAAACAAAUCCUAUUCUGCGAGAAGCAGUUAACCAACGAGAAAACGCGCGCCGUGUUAGAGCGCGCCAUGGGUUCGCGCUUGUGCGAAAGGUACAUGACGGAAGUUUUGUUCGACGUGAACGAACGCACGCCUCUGUCGUAG